CUUUUUACCAGUGGGUCCCGUUUUGUCUCACCGUACAAGCGGCGUUAUUCUUCAUUCCACACAUCAUCUGGCAGUGUCUUGUGCAACACGGUAUGGGCGAGAACUUGGAGUCCAUAUUGAAGAAAGUGCAGCAGGCGAACGUGGAAUGUGACGGAAAGAGACGCACUGGAUGCAUUGAGGUGGCUGCAAGUCAGCUACUUCGUCUUGCUAAACAACGCAGAGACAACUGUUCCACGCAAUGGUCAAAGUGGCAACAUCAGAAGUCAAACGCACCGAGAAGCACCAUCACUGUUACGAGCAAACAAAUUGGAAAUCGGAUUACGGUGGCGUACAUAUUUGUGAAGAUUUUAUACUUAGUCAACGCUAUCGGUCAGCUACAUAUCAUUCGUACAUUUCUUGGUUUCCGUGGAGACAUACUGAGUUUUGGUAACAAACUCGCAAGUACAUUGACGGCUAAGCGCGAGUGGGAAGAAAGUGAAUUUUUUCCCCGCCAGACCUACUGUCCUGUGACUGUGCGUCAUCUGGGUACAAAAAGUAAUGUAUACACUGCAAUAUGUGCUCUGCCAGUGAAUAUGUUUAAUGAAAAAAUUUACAUCUUCCUAUGGGCCUGGAUUGCAAGUGUAUCGGUGAUCACGGCAGCCAGUUUAAUUAGUUGGAUCUUUCAUGCGGUAAGACACAGUUGUCAAGCAGAUUUUGUCCGGAAAUUUAUACUCCAGUCCUUAAUGACUCAACAGAACAUGCCGGUAGAUGAGCAUCCGGCCGACUGUAUCGCUUGUAGAGUGACUAUGAAGGAUCCUGCACUUGAGGAUUUCUUCGAUGAGGUUGUUCGCAGCGAUGGUGCCUUCCUGCUGCGAAUGAUGCGAUCUAACGCAGGUGAUGUGGUAACCGGGGAGAUACUUGCAGCAUGGUGGCAUCUGUUCAUCCAACCAACACGAUCACAGUGCGUUCAAAACAAGACGGUGGAGGCUCUUGCAAACACCGCGCCAAAACAGGAUCAGAUGAGCAAAAAUGGAGCACGCGUGGCAAACGGUAAGGAUGCUACGCUGGUCGACUACGUGUAAUGCAGCUAAAGGUGGAAUUUCCAUUGAUUUCCUUUUUAUCUGUCCAGUUAAAGUAACAAGCAAUCAUUGUACUUCACUGUAUGCUGCGGUGUUAUUUAAAGACAGAGUGAAUUCUAAACCACUGAAACUUUCAGUUUAUUUUGUGUUGAACACAAGCUAUUUCUGAAAACCAACAUUACAUAGUUCCGUUGAUUA